AUGCCUUUUCACUCUCACCGGAACAACCAGAACCUCCCCAAUCUCGCAGCCGGCAUUGUUCAAUCCGCAGGAGCAGGAGCCAUCGCCGCCCCCAAUCUCCAAAGUUUAGCCUCCGGAACGACCAACGCAGGUACGGACACCUUCGUCAACGCCAAUGACUCGAUAGCCUACGGAAGAAGCGGCCAGGGCCAAGGAGACAUGGCCAACAACCAGCUCCACUCCAACAGCAGACUCGGCCUCGAUCCGUCGACAGCGCCGCCAAUGUCGGCGCCAGUGACGACCGACCAGCCCUUCAAUACUCCACGGAGAACACAUACGCAGAGACAGUCGGAAGACUUCCGCAUACCUUCGAACGCACCACCCUUGCAGCAGACCUAUACCCCUCAGCAGCAGCAGCAGCAGCAGUCAUACGAACAACCGCCCUACUCCGCAGGACCAGCAUUCAAUGUCCAGCAAGCCACACCACAGAACUCCCAUUCUUCAGCAUUCGGCGUAGUCCCUUCGAACGCAGGUUUGUCGAACGUACCCGGCGCUUUACAACCCGCUGGCGGUGCACAGCGACCGAACCCUUCCUCCACCUACUCUGCACCUAACACCGUCCCGACAAUGCACAUACAUACGAAUGCGCAACAAUAUACCCAACCUCCUUCUCGGCAAGGUACCAUGCAUAGCCACUCGCGAAGUAGUCCUUCAGGAAUGGAUGGCGCGCAGAGAUAUAUCCCUUUCAACCAAACCCCUACACAGACACCAAUCACCUCGAAUCCGAAAGCAUACAAUCUCUCACACACUCAAACUCCUACUGGUCCUUCCCACAGUCCUCUGAACCUCACCGAUAUUCGAUCACGAGCGGUCUCGGACGCCAACGAUGGUGCGGCUGGCACAACGACGCUACUGAGCUAUUCUGACGCUCCCACGAAUUCGAAUUACCUUGCACCUUUCCCGACCUACGCAUAUGACUGGUGCAAAUGGCCAUUGCUGAAUGGCGGCAGUGGGGCAGGGAAAAUGGCAGUGGGAAGCUACCUUGAAGAUCCGCACAAUUUCAUACAAAUCCUGGACACACACAUCACACCUCAAGAGGUGACGUCGCCCGGAGGCGUGCCAUAUGGGUUGGAGUAUACGAAGGUGGCAGAGGCGACCUGCGCAUACCCCGUGACGAGGAUACUAUGGGAGCCGCCAAGCUCGCAGAAGCAGAGUACGGAUCUGUUAGCGACGAGCGGUGAUCAUCUACGAUUAUGGAGUCUGCCGCAGCAAUCUUCAUCCCAACUUCCCGGGAACAGUAUCAAUCGAAGCGCAACAUCGAACACGAGAGAACAGCCGCCGCAGAAACUGCAGCCCCUGGCGUUGCUCUCGAAUAGCAAGACUCCUGAACAUACCGCGCCUUUGACCUCGCUGGAUUGGAACACCCUUUCUCCCAAGCUCAUCAUCACCUCAUCAAUCGACACCACUUGCACAAUCUGGGACAUUCCUACCUUGACAGCGAAGACGCAGCUCAUCGCUCACGACAAGGAGGUCUUCGAUGUGCGGUUCUGCGCAGGCUCAGUGGAUGUAUUCGUUUCAUGUGGGGCAGAUGGCAGUGUGAGGAUGUUCGACUUGAGAAGUCUGGAGCACUCGACCAUCAUCUACGAGCCCGCAGAGAAGGCUGACAAAUCAUCAUCACCUAGCUCAUCCUCUCCCUCCAAAACACCAGGCGUACCUGCGCCUCCUCUACUAAGACUAGCAGCCUCACCGCACGACGCCCACCUCCUCGCCACCUUCGCCUCCGACAGCAACCUCAUCCGCAUUCUCGACGUCCGACAACCCGGCGCCGCUCUGCUAGAACUCCGCGGCCACCAAGCUAGCCUCAACACCAUCGAAUGGAACCCCAGCCGAAGAGGCAUGCUCGCCUCCGGCGCCGACGACAGCUUAGUCCUCGUCUGGGACCUCCUCAACUCCAGCAACCAGCCCGCAGUCCCUGCUCUGAACGGCAACAGCGCUGCGCAAGGCGCCGAGGUGCAGUCGAAAGGCCCUGCAGCGAGCUGGCGGUGCGAGUACGAGGUCGCGAAUGUUUCGUGGGCGCCGCAGAGUGCGCUGACGGGCCAGGGAGGGGAUUGGCUGGGCGUGAGUGCUGGGAGAGGGGUUUGGGGGAUCAAGUUAUGA